AUGUCUACCGAUCUUCAAUUACGUCAAGAUUUGCCAAGAAUUCAAGUUCCACCCAUCAAGAUUCAAACCCUAGGAUCUUGCAGCGCCACCACGGAGGAUCAUGGAGACGUAAUUCAACAAGAAAACAUCGACGAAUGUCGAACGCCGACAUCUGAAGAACACAGGAUUCCUGCCGUGUUAAGGUGUCCGCCGGCGCCACGGAAACCCAGGAGGAGGACGGUUUCAUAUAAAAGAAAGUUAUCAGAGUUUGAAUUCUUUGAGAUCCUGAACCGGCAAGAAGUGGAAUCUUUCUUUCUGUCAAGUUUUGAGGCUGUUGCUGCAGCAAAGAAGCGAUGCCCUUAUAAAUGA